UUUUUUUUUGGUAGAAGGCGGUUUUCUGGGGGACAAGACGUCUUUGGAGAACGUGAUCCAUACCAUAACUAACAUCAAGUUUCCCGCACUUCAGGGCGAUCCAAUUGAUUACUUUCCUGUGCUCGAACGAAUGCACUGGUCCAGUGGCCGCCAGACCACGAAGGCUGAGGACGCAGUAUAUUGCCUACUUGGCAUAUUCAACGUUAACAUUCCACUAAUCUAUGGAGAGGGCAAGACAAACGCAAUGAAUCGACUGCUGAAAGCGAUCGAAGAGCGCACAGGUGUCCCAUACGAAAUCCAAGUGCGUCCUCCACAACGGGGAUAUGACAGAAGCGUCGAAAGCUUUGAACUCAAGAGGCCAACCGGGACUAGUCCUGUGGCUACUCCCAUGGGAGAUUCUGCUUUGCUCUCCUACCCCCAAUACCAGGUUGAAGGAGAUGAUCAGCAAGAACGACACGGUUUUAGCCAAGCCCGCAGCUUACAAGACGGUUGCAUAGUUGAGCUAGGCCUAGAAAUAGAACCAGAAAGAAGCGGAGGGAGUCCAGUUGGACAUUCGACGACGUACAACCGUGACAAUGAUGAGUCCGAAGAAGUUCUUCCUCUAUCGAGAGUGUUCAAAAAGGUUCUUUACUGCCAUCAGUGUGGAUGCGGCACGACAUUCGCCGGUCUUACUGAUGGCGCUGGUAAAUGUUCCCGUUGUGGCAGUUCAAGAUGAGGCAUUUGCGAAGAAAUCGACUAGAUGGUACGCGGUGUGCGUAAUGAAGAGCCCGGC